CCGUGAUCUGUUGUUUUUUUGUCGUGAUGCUACAAACUGUUAGUUGAAAUGUACUAUUUCUAAAUAGAGAAAUAUAAAAUUGAAUCAGAUCCGUAAAGCUUCAGACUAAGUUUUGAAGCAAGCAGGAAUGUCUGGAGAUGAAUCAGCUGAACUGAGAUCUGCUGCUGUGAAGAUGGUGUUUGUUAAAGAGGAGAGUGAGGAGAACACGAGUGAACCAGAACUCUGGAGAAUAAAACAGGAGGAACCAGAACCCUUAAAAAUAAAACAGGAGGAACCAGAACCCUUGAAAAUAAAACAGGAGGAACCAGAACCCUUGAGAAUAAAACAAGAGGAGCUAGAACCUUGGAGAAUAAAACAGGAGGAACAAGGAGGCCUGAUAAAAGUGAAAGAAGAAGAAGAUCUAAAUGAAGUGGAGAAGCAUCAGGAUCAGAAAUAUCAUGAUGCCACUGGAGAAAAAUCAGUGAGUUGCUCCAAAACUGAAAACAGCUGCUCACAAAGCGACAUGAAAAUAACAGAAGUCAAAAGGUCUUUCACCUGCUCUGAGUCUGGAAAAAGUUUUACACAGAAAGGACACCUUAAGGAUCAUUUAGUAACUCACUCUUCAGAAAAGCCUUUCAGCUGUUCUCAGUGUGGAAAGUAUUUCACACGUAAUGGAAGCCUUAAGAAACACAUGUUAAUUCAUACACGAAUAAAGCCUUUUACCUGCUUUCACUGUGAAAAAAAAUUCAAACAGAAAAGAAGCCUUGACAAUCAUAUGAGGGUUGUUCACACUGGAAAUAAGCCUUUCAGCUGCUCUCAGUGUGGAAAGAAUUUCCGCUAUAAAGGAAAGCUUUGGAAUCACAUGAAAAUUCAUACUGGAAUAAACUCUUUCAGUUGCUCUCUAUGUGAAAAGCGUUUCACGUGUGAAGAAAACCUUAAGAUUCACAUGUUAAUUCAUGCUGGAAUAAAACCUUUCAGCUGCUCUCUGUGUGGAAAGAGUUUCACACAUGAAAGAACUCUUAAUGAGCACAUGCUAAUUCACACUUCAGAAGAGCAAUUAACUUGUCCUCAGUGUGGAAAGAUUUUUACGUGUAAAGCAAGCCUGAAAAAUCACAUGUUAAUUCAUGCUGGAAUAAAGCCUUUCAUCUGCUUGCAGUGUGGGCAGCGAUUUUCACGUAAAAUAAGCCUUAAAAGUCACUUGGUAACUCACACUUCAGAAAAGCCUUUCACCUGCUCUGAGUGUGGAAAGUCUUUUACACGUAAAAUAUACCUUAGAAAUCACAUGUUAAUGCAUUCUGGAAUAAAGCCUUUUACCUGCUCGCAGUGUGGAAAGAGUUUCAGUCAUAAAGGAAGCCUUUGGAAUCACAUGAAAAGACUUAAUUCAUGCUGGGGAAAAAGCCUUCCACUUGCUCUCAGUGUGGAAAGUGUUUCACCUGUAAACAAAGAUUUCAUAGUCACAUGAGAAUUCACACUGAACCAAUGUUAUCUGUGUGAGAAGCGCUUUAAACGGAAAACAAAUCUCCAAGUGUAUCUUCACUCUGAAUUUAAAGGUUCAGUUCGCAGUUUUUGAAAAAGCUGCUGAAUGUGAAUCAGACCGAGCCCCACAACACACUUGCAAUCGGUCUGUUGUGUCUAAUGCCAUUUAGUUUUAGUUAUAACGUUGUGAUCUAAUUGGUUUUACUUAGUCAACUACAGAUAAGAGUAUGUAUAGGAGUAAAUUUAGUCAACUAAAGUCUAAUGGGUUUAGUUAAAUUGUAAUGUAUUAAGCAUUUCUCAAACAUUUCCAAACAUUUUCACCUCGUAAGAAGCAUCUAUAAAUCUGUUAAUAUGAAUAUUAUGGUUUGAACAUGCGAUACAGAUUUAACUGCUGUGCUAUGAAACGUCUGUAUUUAUCUUGAAAUUAAA